GGUUGAGUCAGGAAGAAAAACAUUUAUUGAGGACAACAGUGCCUAUUUCAUCGAGGUAUCAUAAUCAGUCGCUCACCUGUGACCGGGUGUGAAUGAACAGAAUGACAUCGACAUCAUUUGAUUUUAGGGCACCGUUGUGAAGUUGGUAUGUUUGGCCGAGAAACACAUUUCCUUUGGAGAAGGUCUGCCCUUUGGCAGAUUGUUGCCUUGUUCAGCCCAUCUGCCACUGGGAGAGGCUCACAGUGAAGCAGCAUGUCCAGUGGGAAUGAGUCCUGUCUGUUUGAGAACGGAUCCGUCAGCUUCCUCUCCUGCUUCGUUCGUGUGUGGGAGGCAGGGCUCGGGCAGCUUGAGGACUACCUCAGUUUCUUGGAGUAUCUGCUCUGGGUUUUCACACCUCUAGCCAUAGUCUUCAUUCUGCCUUUUCUCAUAGUUAUCUUCCUCUAUCUGUCCAUACUCUUUCUCCACGUGUACAAACGCAAGAAUCAGUUGAGAGAAGCUUAUUCCAAUAACCUGUGGGAUGGUGCGAGAAAAACUCUGGCAACCCUGUGGGAUGGACAUGGAGCUAUUUGGCACGGUUAUGAAAUCCAUGGUUUAGAAAAGAUUCCAGAUGAAGGACCUGCUCUCAUAGUCUACUAUCAUGGAGCUAUUCCUAUAGACUACUAUUAUUUCCUGGCAAAUCUUAUCAUUCAAAAGGGAAGAUUUUGUCAUUCGGUGGCUGAUCAUUUUCUGUUCAAGGUCCCAGGGUUUAAGCUCCUCUUGGAGGUGUUUAGUGUGAUCCACGGGCCGCAGGAGGAGUGUGUGAAGGCCCUCCGCAACGGUCACCUCCUGGGCAUCUCUCCUGGAGGAGUACGAGAAGCCCUGUUCAGCGAUGAGACGUACCCUCUGCUCUGGGGCAAACGCAAAGGAUUUGCACAAGUGGCCAUUGACUCUAAAGUGCCAGUUAUACCCAUGUUUACUCAAAACUUGAGGGAGGGAUUUCGCUCUCUUGGAACAUUAAGGUUUUACCGCUGGGUGUAUGAGAGGUUUCGCCUACCGAUAGCACCCAUUUAUGGAGGAUUUCCAGUCAAAUUUCGCACCUACUUGGGUGACCCCAUUCCAUACGACCCCAAACUCAAUGCAGCUGAGUUGGCUGAAAAGGUGCAACAGGCAGUUCAAGCACUUAUCGACAAACACCAGAAGAUACCUGGAAACAUCCUCCGAGCUCUUCUAGAGCGAUUCCAAAGGGAACGCAAAGAAGAUUAGCACACUUGCCUUCUCUCAGACUGAACAAAUAAAUAUGCUUCAAGAAUAAUUUAACGGAAUACUGGAGAUUUUAUAAUAUUGUUACAUCAUAAAAUUAGCAACGUUACUGACACUGUAAUGGACGGAUCAGUAUAUAUCGCAAUGUUGCAUAUCAAAUAAUGGUGCGUAUCUUUGGAACGUCUUUUUACAUGUAGUCUUGUGCAUGUCGAAGAGUGUGUGUUUUUGUGAACUUUUUUUUUUUAUUUUUUGGUUUAAGUCUACAACUUAUUUGUACACUUUGAUUUUAUUCAAAGGACCACUGCCAAAAUAGUUUCCACGGAGCCUUUGGUUCGUUUUUUAUUUCUUUUUUUUUUAAAUGUCCUUUAAAAAUAUAGCAUUCUGUCCUGGAAAUUGAUCAUAUUUAUCUAUCGGAAGGAAAAUUGUGCAUACUGUGAAUUUUUUUUUUUUUUUUUUUUUUUUUUUUUUUUUUUUUGUAAGCACACUUAAUAAUAAUGAUAAGAGAUACAUGCUUGAAUAUUUGUUGUCUGAUGUUGAAUACUUACAGUUUUAGUCUAACAUCUCUGUAUUAACUCUCAGAGAUGAACUGCUGUCUAUUUAAGCAGUAGUUAAUAUUGGUUUGUUCUGAUCUCAGAGCUUAUUAUAACAUUCUGAUUCUAAAAAAAAAAAAAGUAUGCAACUGCUAAUGAUUUUAUUCAGGUGACAAAGUAUACAGGUCUUUCAGAAUUCAUUAAGAUUUUGUAACAUUCCUGAAAUGUAUUGAUUUACUAAUUCAUUACGUCAAGGCUGUUUAAAUCUAACAAGUAGUCAAAUUUGAUCAGUGUGGAAAUAAUGGCUGUAAAUGUGUGAUUUUUAUAAGAGAUUUUAUUAUUCACAAUGAAACGAAAUUCAAUGUUGGUAAAACAGUUUUAAUGCACUCUUGUGCUCAGUAAAUCACUCUCCCAUGAUCCUUUGGGAGACAAUAUCUUAUGUGUGACAAAGAUCAAAUGUCAGCAUGAGCGCGGUCUUCGUCACCCGGUUCCUGUGAUCUCUGUGCACAUCCGGUGUGUUUGGUGUAUGAUAUGCAAAUGCACCAGUGUUGCUAUUUAUAAAUCUGUUUGGUAUUACCUUACAGCAUUUGUGCAUCCAUUGUAAAUCCCCCCAAAAAAUCACUUGGAAAAAUAAAAAUAAAAAGUAUUUUUUUUU